UGUAGACCCAGGAGGCUAGUCGGUGUUUGCAGUAUCCGCGGAAUUUCAGCUUUCUCAACUCUGGGGCCACUUCUACAAAUGCACAGAUUUCUCCCAGCUUUACCAAGUAUAAUGGAAUCAAAACUGUAGGGACACGGACUUCAGGUCAAAAGUUCAGGCUGAUGUGCUGAUAGAUUUAAAACACAGUAAGAAUCCGAAUAAAGCAAUGCGGAGCCGCUCAUCCAGGGCAGCGUUGGAACACACCAGAGAACCAGGCAAAUCUACAAUCACCGCCACUGAAUGCAGCACGUAAAAGAGAUCCAUGAAAUUCCCUCAGCCGCGAGGGCCCCUUUUGUGCUGUUCCGCUAACACAGCAUCCCUCCUGCUAUAUAGACGGGCCGCGCUCCCGGCUGGACACUGAACUCACCACGCUCAGCCAGCCAUGGGGAAGAUCACCUUCUACGAGGACCGCGGCUUUCAGGGCCGCUGCUAUGAGUGCAGCAGCGACUGCCCCAACCUGCAGACCUACUUCAGCCGCUGUAACUCCAUCCGCGUGGACAGCGGCUGCUGGAUGCUCUAUGAGCGCCCCAACUACCAGGGCCACCAGUACUUCCUGCGUCGCGGGGACUACCCCGACUACCAGCAGUGGAUGGGCUUCAGCGACUCCAUCCGCUCCUGCCGCCUCAUCCCCCACCAGACAGGUUCUCACAGGAUGAGGCUGUAUGAGAAAGAAGACCACAAAGGCCUCAUGAUGGAGCUGAACGAGGAUUGCUCCUGUAUCCAGGACCGCUUCCAUCUCAGUGAGGUGCGCUCGCUGCACGUGCUGGAGGGCUGCUGGGUCCUCUACGAGAUGCCCAACUACCGAGGCCGGCAGUACCUGCUGAGGCCUCAGGAGUACCGGCGCUACCACGACUGGGGCGCUGUAGACGCUAAGGCGGGCUCUUUGCGGAGAGUGGUCGAUUUAUACUAAAAUAGGUUAACACUACCAUUUUCUCAUUUUGGAACCUAAUAAAGUAUUUAGUCUGUAUUGUUGGCAAACCCUGACUUCUGUUUUUCUUACAUUGUGCGCCAGUCUCCCCACCUGGGAAGGCCCCCUGUUAAAGGCUGAGGUGAGAAUGGACAAGUUAGGGUGUUCAGGGGGAUUUCAGUUAUGCUAAGUCUGAACAAGGCUUAGACGGCUGGGGAUGCAUGAAUGUACUCAGUGA